CUUGGAUCUUGCCCGUGCCCUCUCCCCUUGCCCCUACCCCCAGCUCUCUCUGUCUCUAAAUACCUUCCUUUCUCCUCACCCUCCCCAUCCCCUUCCCUGUCUUGUGGACUGAAAUCCUCUCUCCACCCCUCUUCUCUUUUCUGUGAUUUGUUAAGACUGAGAAUGAUUCCUGGUGUCUAAUUUCAAGCCAGUUUGUAGAGCUCCUGGGUAGAGGUGGAGAAAUCUGGUUUUACCACUGGGUGUCAGGAUCUCUGCUUCCCCUCCUGAUCAGUGUAAUUCUUGGAGGAUCUCGGGCUCUUUGUCAGGAGUUCAGGCUAGCAGCUCCUGAGAAGGAAAGGCUUGGUGUUGGAGCCACUCGGGAGAGGAGGCGCUUCUGGAGCACUCUUGAGGGGAAGUCAGUGGUGCCCCUGGUAUCUGGGAAAGCAAUGCUCAGGAGCCCCUCGGUGCUGAUGGUGCUGAGUCAGCUGGGAAGGAGUUCGGAGGUGAAGCUGGCCAGGCCCCUGCACCAGAUGGUCACCAUGGCCAAGCAGGUACCGGCUCGAAGGCUCGAAGGCAUCGACAAGAACCCUUGGUUGGAGUUUGUGAAACUGGCCAAUGAGAAUGAGGCUGUGAACUUGGGCCAGGGCUUCCCUGAUUUUGCACCUCCAAAAUUUGCCACAGAAGCAUUCCAACAAGCUGUCAGCGGAGACGUCAUGCUUAAUCAGUACACCAGAGCUUUUGGCCACCCUCCCCUGGUAAAGAUCCUGGCCAAGUUCUUUGGGAAAUUGCUGGAACAGGACUUGGAUCCCCAAAAGAAUGUGCUUGUGACAGUGGGUGCCUAUGGGGCCCUCUUUUAUGCCUUCCAGGCCCUGGUGGAUGAAGGAGAUGAGGUUAUUCUCAUUGAACCCUAUUUUGACUGCUAUGAGCCCAUGACAAAGAUGGCUGGUGGCUGUCCUGUGUUUGUGCCACUUCGACCGCCAUCAACCUAUAAGGGGCAGUUGAUGUCCAGUGGCGACUGGCAAUUAGAUCCAGAUGAGCUGGCCAGCAAGUUCACUCCCCGGACCAAGGCCAUCGUCAUCAAUUCACCCAACAAUCCCUUGGGCAAGGUGUUCAGCAGGGCAGAACUGGAAAUUGUGGCAAAUCUGUGCAGAAAACACGAUGUCCUGUGUAUCAGUGAUGAGGUUUACCAGUGGCUGGUGUAUGACGGAAAGAAACAUAUCAGCAUAGCCACUCUUCCAGGAAUGUGGGAACGCACCUUGACUAUUGGCAGUGCAGGAAAAGCCUUUAGUGUCACUGGUUGGAAGGUGGGCUGGACCUUGGGACCAGAUCACCUUCUAAAGCAUCUUCGGACUGUCCACCAGAACUCCUUAUAUCACUGUCCUACUCAGGGCCAGGAAGCUGUAUUUUCCAAUUUUGAGCGGGAACUGAAGCUCUUUGGUCAGCCUGAUAGCUACUUUGUCCAGCUGCCUGAAGCUACUCAGAAAAGUCGAGAUCACAUGAUAGAGAGCUUGCUGACCGUUGGAAUGAGGCCUGUUAUUCCCCAGGGCACCUACUUCCUCAUUGCAGACAUCUCUACCUUCAAGGAGAAGAUGCCCGACCUCCCUGGCUCAGAGGGGGAAGCCUACGACUCCCGCUUCAUCAAAUGGAUGAUUAAGAACAAGGGCUUGGUGGCUAUUCCGGUCUCAGCGUUCUACAGCUCUGAGCAGAAGAAGCAUUUUGACCACUACAUCCGAUUCUGCUAUGUGAAGAGUGACUCCACUAUCAAAGCCAUGGAUGAUAAGCUACAGCAGUGGAAGACAGAGCUCAACGGCUGAUUUCUACACCUAGGUCUCUCCCAUCCCCCUUCCCAUUCUACUUGAUUGGGCCCUUCCCUUUCUCUCCAUCCAUCCUUUGUGCUUCAGGUAUUCCCAGGUUUGGGGGAGGGAAGGGGGAAGCCCCUUAGAUGUGGCCCAUGUCAGAGUGGGAAGGAUAAAAAGGGAGCACAGAACCAUCCCAAGUCUUCCUUUGUCUGCUCGCCCUUUUAUUCUGGGAUUUGGGGGACCUAGGAACCCUCGCCUAACCAGCACCCACACUCCCAUCCCUUUGAGAGGAAACAUUCAGCUUAGUCAGCAUUGGAGUGUUUUCUCUAUGGCAGGGCUCUUCCCAGAACCUCCCUUUCUCUUUUAUCAUUUCCUUUUCUCUCCAUUGAAUCAUAAAGUGGGAUUUCCUUCCCCACUUAGAAAACCUGAAUCAGCCACCCCAAACUGAGACAUGAAUGCCAACCAGGCCAGAAGUCACCUGAGGUUUAUAAAGACAUCUGACGGCUUACUUUUAUGCCUCCUGGGUCCUGUGUCGAUUUAAUUGCUAGCUUCUUCCUUGGGUUUUUCUUUUCUUCUUUUCACUUUUAAGGACUGGCACAAUAUUGUAAAGAGUCAACAGUCAAGUUAACUUGCACAUCCAGCCAAUCACAGCCUUGAAAAGAUCCCUUUAGACUUGAAUCAAGAAUGUUUACUUCAAGCCAAGAGCCAUAUUUUUCUCUUAAUAAAGUUUAUUGUACUCUACAAA